UGCGAAAAUUCUUAACCUAAUAAAUAAUUCUCUCUAAAAAAACAGUGCAAUCACGUAAAAUCCAAUAGUCAAUGAAAAAUAAUUGAUUGAAGAGAAUUGAGUGUGUGGAUUUUGGUCUUGACCAUCAAAAACACUUCGAUUGGAUCUCUGAAACGGGUAUGGGAGUAUCAGAUACAUUGAAUUACGUUCUGUUUUCUAAUCCCGUCAGCUCGGGUGCCGGUUCGUUUGCGAAAACUGCUGCAUCAGCUGUUAUCAAUUAUUCAGGCCUCAAGCCCCGUGUUGAGUACAAAAUGGUUCCACCUGAGCCUCUGUGGAAAUUGGCAGCAGCCUCAGGGCCUUAUUUGAAAUUGGCAGGACUCAGUGGAGCAACUGCAGUCAUCCUCGGGGCAUAUGGAGCUCACAGGAAAUAUAAGGAUGAUCAAUUGAAGCAAGUGUUUGAGACAGCGAAUAGAUAUCAUUUUUAUCAUUCCCUGGCUAUGGUGGGGCUGGUUAUGUGCAGGGCACCAAUUCUGACUGCUGCCCUGUGGAUGUCAGGAUCUCUGAUGUUCUGUGGGAGUUGUUACUAUUACGCAUUUACAGGUGACAAACGCUUCAGCAAAAUCACUCCGUUUGGAGGUACUUGCUUUAUUCUAGGAUGGCUCACCAUGUGCAUAUAAAUAAAUUAAGAGAACAAAAAAAGUAUUCGGGUGAGAAUUGAUGGAGAAAAAUUCCCCUCGCUUAUCAGUGAUUUUUCCAUCGAGAGGCCUCUCAAUAGAAAAUUGAAUUCCUCAAGAACACGAAGAAGAGUGAAGUUCCACUCCCCUGAUGAUAUUUUCCGUACUAGACACUCCCGGUAGUUUAUAAUAAUAUCACCGAGGAUAAUAAAGAUACAAAGGUUAUUUACACAAUAUUCUGAAAUAAAUUCCUUACAGUUGGUGUUUUAUUCAAGGAUCUCAAAGGAAACAGAAAAUAUUCAAAAAUUCAAGUGAAAUCAAAACGUUUUAUGCUACUCAAAUGAUAUAAAUAUAAUCAAUUUAGCCAUUUUUUUUUACUGUUCAUAUUAAUAUUCAAGAUUUUCAAAUCACGCCCCGUUGCCAAGUGGACUUUAUCAAAAGGCUACAGGAUAACACAUUUUAACAUAGCCAGAUGUAACAAACACAGUCAGUCCACCGUCAGACCAUCCAAUUGGAAUAAAUCCAAUCAAUAAACCCCGUACUUGUCUCCCUGAACAUCUCGCUCAACCCCAGUGAAUAAAAAAUCAUCUCCAUGAGCCCCAAGUAUCUAAAAUGGUCUGACGAUGUAAACUAUAUCCUUACACGACUAAAUAAAGUAAUAAAUUUGACUAAUUCACCUAAAAAUUAUCUUUAUAAUGGUAGAUCGAUGAAAUUAAAUAUAGUUUGUCGCAUGUCACAGUGGGUGAACGUGAAAACUCCGAAAAUGUUCCCCCCAAUUGACCAGCAAGAACAAACAAGAGAUCGAUUACAACACAACGAACAAGAGAAAUACGAAUGUCAUGAAUCAUUUAGACUCCGUGAUACUCUCACUACUUAUGAAACAAUGCAACCAUCCAUCUCGAUUCAA